AAUAAAUGUUGCACCUCAACCAUGAAUAGAACUUGUGUUCAAGCGAGACUAAUCUUUUUCAGAAUAAAAUAAAUUGCUAACUGUCCCCGAGUGUAAGACUGAUGCAAGAACAAUAUGGACGCCAUGCCGUGGUAUCAGCAUAACUUUGGGACCGACUUAGCCCAUAGUAAAUUGGGUUUGAAACACAAAGAGAAGAUCAAUGGACCAUGGAGGAAUGUAAAGUUUCUAUCAUGGUCCAAGAUGUCUAGAAGUUGUAAGCCCAUGGGUGGUGGCACAUAAAUUAAAUCUUUGCUUGGCCCCGACCAUGAUCCAGAAACCUUCGCUUUCUGUGUAGUAAAAGCCGUUCCCACGCUGCCACCGAAUGUGGAAGAUUGUAGAUGGAAGUUGAUGGAAGACUAUAGAGGAAACAUGAAGGAUCGAGCCAUCUACCGAUAUCAAUCAAUCAAUCAUACAUGUUUCAAGACAUAUGAAUGAAAAUAGAAUAGCCCCGAAACUUCAAGAUCCUACAAGCUAAACUCUAUAUAUAACAUCCACGGUUGUCUCUCUUCAAUCAGUGAAGAAAUCGCCUUAAGAGUUGUUCCCUAAAGCACCAUCAAUAAAGCUACUUAUUUCAUCACUACUUCAGAAAAAGGAAAAUGUCCCUGAUUCCAUCUAUUUUUGGCAACAGGAGUGUCUUCGAGCCAUUCUCUUCAGAUAUCUGGGCACCUUUGAGCUCCAACAAUGAGAUAUCAUCAUUUGCCAAUGCCCAAAUUGAUUGGAAAGAGACCCCAGAGGCUCAUGUAAUCAAGGCUGAUCUUCCUGGGCUCAAGAAAGAAGAAGUGAAAGUGGAAAUUGAGGAAGGAAGAGUUCAUCAGUUAAGUGGAGAAAGAAAUGUAGAGAAAGAGGACAAGAAUGACAAGUGGCACCGUAUUGAGAGGGGACGUGGAAAGUUCCUUAGAAGAUUCAGGUUACCAGAAAAUGCUAAGGUUGAUGAAGUGAAAGCAGCAAUGGAGAAUGGCGUCCUGACUGUCACAGUACCAAAGCUGGAAGAGAAGAAACCAGAUGUCAAGUCCAUUGAGAUCAGCAGCUAGAUUUUUAAGCUGCACCCAUUGUCGUGUCGUAAUGCUUGGUUGAUUUGGUUGUGACUUUGGUUCCAUUUCUGUUUUUGGGUGUGAAAAAGAGUAUGUGAGAAGAAUAAAUACUAAUGGAGUAAUUGUGUCCCCUGUUUAUAGUGUAUGGUACGUUCUACGUUGUGAAUCCUUUGUUUAUUGCAUGCAAGCACACAUGUCUCAAAAAUUGGUGUGAUUUCAGUAAACUCAUAUGACACCAAUUGAUGACCUAAUAUUAAACUUGCCAUUGUUCUCGACAAUGGAAAGAUCAACUCUCAGGAUUAGCAUCAUUUUCAGGACUGAAAUCGAAAACCUCUGACUAUAUGCUUUUCAGCUUUUUAACGGGCCAAAGGAAUCAUAUAGAUCG